UAUUACUAUGGAUAACACAGACUGGCGGGGUAGAGUUAAUUUCACGAAGCCAGGUUUCAAUUUGACUGAACAAAUAAAUGAUCUCACUGUGUACUGGACUGCUGAUCAAGUUGGUUUCAGCUUCACUGGAUUAGGAGAUAUGAUAGAAGAAUCCCUUUCAUCGACUUUGGGGCUCAUACUCAAAACUUUCCUGAACUCUGGGGCACUGGGAAACAAACUAGGGGUUUUUUUCCAUAACAGGCUGAACACAAACUAUUUUCAACAAAAUGAGAAGAUUGAUGCUAUCCUUGAAUUUUGUCGAACUACUCCUUAUCCAGGUGGUCUUAAACCGAAACCAUAAAUCUGAUUGUGAUUAUCAUUAACUUUACGAUUAUAAAUGGAGUAUGCUGUCAUCGAAACUUUGGAUAUUGAUAUCGAUCAAAUCACCAUUUGAUGCUACGUUAUUUUUGAUUGAUGAAACGAUAGGAUGAAUGUAUUGCAAAAUAUUUUUCAAUUACUUAAUCUUCACAGUAUACUAGGGAACCGAUACGGAUUCGCCCAGAUAGCGAACAUGUAUAUUCUUAAAUUUUUUUUCGACAGUGGCAUGUCAACUUGGCCUUGAAAAAUAUUCUAGUUUCCACUCGAAAGGCGUGCUUUUGAAAAUAUACCAUUUUUAAAAACAA